AUGUCCCCAGAUCCGUGGUUCGGAGAAAUAUUCGAAAAUAAGGACAGGUUCGCACCCGAAACUUGCAAGUUUGUUGAACUCUGGCAGCAUGAGAAUGGCCAUGUUUCCACCCGCUAUGAUGCGCUACGACCAAGCGACAUCGAGGAUUGGGCGAAAGAAAAAGAUGCCUGGAAACGCCCAGCCGACAGCGUUGGGGGACUUCGCCUCCUUCUCAUGCACUCUAUUCUCAAGUCCUGGGAACACCUGCAGUGGCCUCUCUCCCAGGCUACCUGCAGCAUGCUGGUCUCAGAAUUCGACCUCUUGACUACCGUCUUCUACGCAUGUUCGACAGGAAACAGGCUUAUGGUCUGCUGCAAAUCACAGCUGGCUUCGAAGGGUGUUUUGAAAUGGGUGCUGCGCCAGCUUUCGUAUGCAGCAUCUUUAUCAUACUGUAGUAGGACCAAUACGGUGAAAGGAAUCGUGCUCGCCGACCCGACCAGUCUCGACGAGCUCGCCAAUAGUUGCCUCGAGUUUAAACCACUGGUCCGCUUGAGGAAGCAAUACAAUGCGAAAACCUUGGAACUGGAACAACGAAUUGGACUGCGCCGCGACUGGACAGCAGACGAGAAUUUCUUGAACCAAACGGAAAUGGCCAUGCGCGAAACCCUAGAGCGCCUCACGAUGAUCACGAAUUACAAAGCAGAUACAGAGAUGAUGGACAAAAAUUUCAUGGGCACGAUAGCUAGUAGCAUUGAGCUCGUCAGCCAACAAAUACCCUCGAUUACGGGCAGCGCAAGUCGGGAACGUAUGGAACGACAGUCGUUGGACUUCGAAUACCUUGCCGAGUAUCUGCGCCAAUCCAAUUCCAGCAUUGCAGCUAGCCUUGGUGCGCUUCAGAAAAGGGUUGAGAUACAAAUGAGCGCUCGUGACAGCAAACUGAACCUCGAGAUGGCUCAUGAUUCUCGCCGACUGGCUAGUGCAUCUAAGCGCGACAGCUCGUCAAUGAAGACAAUUGCCGUGUUGACUACCGUCUUCCUACCCGGCACUUUCAUCGCGACUGUCUUCGGAAUGCCAAUGGUAGAGUACAAGCCUGCUCAGUUCUGGAUCUAUCUGGCCAUCGCGAUUCCCCUCACCGUGGUUGUAAUGAUAAUCUGGGCAACGUGGAUGUUGUGGAUCGAGCGCCGAAACGAAAGAGAAGACAAGAAAGCGCAAGAACGUCUCCCAAUCUACAACAAUUCAGAGGAAGAUGGCUUGGACAAUCACCCGGCUCUUAGGAGGAUGAAAAGGGUACUUUGUCAAGAAUGA